GCAGUCGGGAUCUCAGGCGUACUCUGACCUGCCUCUACCUGUCGGGUCUGCUGUGCUCUUGCUGUCGUUUCCUGCCCUGCGCUGCCCUUCGCUGCUUUGCUGGCAUCUGCGAGCAGUCGGGAUCCUGAAACGGGAUGGCAUUUUCAAAAGCGCACUUGCGUAGGCUGCUCUCGAGGAGCCUACCGAUCGCGGUCGGGAUCGCGGGGGCCGCCUGUGUCGGCGUCAGCGCCGGCUUAGGACUGGGGAUCGCCUGGGCAGAGCGUGGGAACAGAAGCCCUCAAAAGGUUGCAGAAUUUUCCUCCAGCGGCUUUGUCUUCAAGGACACAGUGGAAGUGACUGCGUUCCCGGAUCCCAAGGCAUGUAUUAUUUUUCCCUAACUCUUGUAAAGAAUAUAGGGGGUCUCACGUGAUGCUGUCCCGCGAGACAGUUUCCCGCUG